CGCAAUUUGUCAGAGUACGAUCGGUGUCUGUCUGCCUCGCUGCUCGUACGCAUGUCUGCUCAUUUUUUGGGCACAGAACAGAAAGCUUACAACGAGGACUUGAUCGCUUGAAACCCCUUCAAGCGUCGCUCCGCUACCUUCAUCAUGUUGUUAUUACAGUUUUGAGCUCGCUUGUGUCUUUUUGUUUUUCCUGCUGAGGCGCCUGAGUUGACUGGUACCAGGAGGAGAAGGAGGAGGAGAAGGAGGAGAAAACCCGAGCAGAAAAAGGAGAAGAAUGCAACAUUGGACUGCUUGCUCUUGUGUUAUUUCUGCACUGAUUCAAACUGUGCGGACUGCGGGAAUACAACACAUUUAAGCUUUUGUUCUCUUCAGUGCGCGGCUGCUAGAAAAGGAAAGAGGAGAGCGCUGCAACGUUACAAGUUCAUCACCUUUCAGACCCGAGACAGUCCUCGACUCACAGGGUGUCACCCCUAAAAACCAGAGGAACGAUGUCUUCUACCAAAUACAAGAAGGAUAAGGAGAUCAUAGCGGACUAUGAGACCCAAGUGAAAGAGAUCCGUAACCAGCUGGUGGAGCAGUUCAAAUGCUUGGAGCAACAGUCGGAGUCUCGGAUCCAGCUGCUGCAGGAUCUGCAGGAGUUCUUCCGCCGCAAAGCAGAGAUUGAACUGGAAUACUCCCGCAGCUUAGAGAAGCUGGCCGAGAGGUUCUCCUCCAAGAUCCGAAGCUCCAGGGAACACCAGCAGUUCAAAAAAGACCAGCACCUGCUGUCCUCAGUAAACUGCUGGUACCUGGUGCUGAACCAGACGAGGCGGGAGAGCCGUGACCACGCCACCCUCAGCGACAUCUACACCAACAAUGUCAUUGUCCGCCUGGCCCAGAUCAGCGAUGACAUCAUCCGCCUGUUCAAGAAGAGCAAGGACAUUGGGAUCCAGAUGCACGAGGAGCUGGUGAAGGUGACGAAUGAACUCUACACUGUGAUGAAAACAUACCACAUGUACCACACUGAGAGCAUCAGUGCAGAGAGCAAGCUGAAAGACGCUGAGAAGCAGGAGGAGAAGCAAUUCAGCAAGUCUGGAGAUCUCAACGUUAACCUCCUGCGCCACGAGGACCGCCAACCGAGACGCAGCUUCGUCAGGAAAAUUGAGAAGAUGAAAGAGAAGAGGCAAGCCAAGUACUCAGAGAAUAAGCUGAAAUGCACAAAAGCCCGGAAUGACUAUUUGUUGAACCUGGCAGCAACAAAUGCAGUUGUGGCAAAAUAUUACAUCCAUGACGUCUCUGAUAUGAUUGAUUGCUGUGACCUGGGCUACCAUGCUAGCUUGGCGCGCACCCUCAGGACCUACUUAUCUGCCGAGUACAACUUGGAGACAUCACGCCACGAGGGACUGGAUAUCAUAGAGAAUGCGGUGGACAACCUGGAUUCCCGCAGUGACAAGCACAAGAUCAUGGAUAUGCAUAACCAGGUGUUCUGCCCUCCAAUGCGCUUUGAGUACCUGCCACACAUGGGAGAUGAGGUGUGCCAGGUGAGUGCCCAGCAGCCCGUCCAGACUGAACUCCUGAUGCGCUACCACCAACUGCAGUCUCGCCUAGCUACACUAAAGAUUGAGAAUGAGGAGGUGAGAAAGACCUUGGAUGCCACCAUGCAAACGCUGCAGGACAUGCUGACAGUAGAGGACUUUGACGUGUCGGACGCCUUCCAACACAGCCGCUCCACUGAAUCCAUUAAGUCCGUGGCCUCCGAGUCCUACAUGAGCAAGCUGAAUGUGGCCAAGAGGAGGGCGAACCAACAGGAGACCGAAAUGUUCUACUUUUCGAAAUUCAAGGAGUACCUGAAUGGCAGUAACCUCAUCAUUAAGCUGCAGGCCAAGCAUGACUUACUGAAGCAGACACUCGGAGAAGGGGAAAGGGCCGAGUGUGGAACUACAAGGCCCCCCACCCUUCCCCCUAAACCACAGAAAAUGCGGAAGCCUAGGCCUCGCUCUGUGUAUAACCAUAAGCUGUUUAACGGCAAUAUGGAGACGUUCAUCAAGGACUCAGGUCAACCAAUUCCACUUGUUGUUGAAAGCUGUGUCCGAUACAUCAAUCUGUACGGCUUGCAGCAGCAGGGCAUAUUUCGCGUGCCGGGAUCACAGGUGGAAGUCAAUGAUAUCAAAAACUCAUUUGAGAGAGGUGAAGAUCCCUUGGUUGAUGACCAGAAUGACCAUGAUAUCAACUCAGUGGCUGGGGUGCUGAAGCUGUACUUCAGAGGACUGGAGAACCCCCUCUUCCCAAAGGAGCGCUUCCUGGACUUCAUCUCUACCAUCAAGCUGGAGUCUGGAGCCGAGAGAGCGCAUCACAUCCAGCAGAUUACUGUGACACUUUCUCGCACCAUCAUAAUCGUCAUGAGAUACCUUUUUGCUUUCCUCAAUCAUCUCUCCCAGUACAGUGACGAGAACAUGAUGGAUCCAUACAAUUUGGCAAUCUGCUUCGGUCCGACCCUGAUGCCAAUCCCAGACGGACAGGAUCCUGUGGCGUGCCAGGCACAUGUUAACGAGGUCAUCAAGACCAUUAUCAUCCACCAUGAACUCAUCUUUCCCAAUCAGCGCGAGCUGGAAGGCCCAGUGUAUGAGAAGUGCAUGACUGGAGGGGAGGAGUACUGUGACAGCCCCCACAGUGAACCAGGAACUAUUGACGAGGCUGACAAUGGAACUGAACCACACACCAGUGAUGAAGAGGUGGAACAGAUCGAGGCCAUCGCUAAGUUUGACUACGUGGGACGCACACCCAGGGAGCUGUCCUUUAAAAAAGGAGCCUCUCUGCUUCUGUAUCACAGAGCGUCUGAAGACUGGUGGGAGGGCCGCCACAAUGGUGUGGAUGGCCUCAUCCCACAUCAGUACAUUGUAGUACAAGACCUGGACGAUGCUUUUUCAGAUAACCUCAGCCAGAAAGCAGAUAGUGAAGCAAGCAGUGGACCGUUGCUGGAUGAUAAGGGUUCAUCCAAAAAUGAUGCCCCGUCACCAUGUGAACAACCACCUGAUUACAACUUUGGAGGCGUAAUGGGGAGGGUAAGGCUACGUUCCGAUGGAGCUGCGAUCCCACGUCGUCGAAGUGGUGCAGACACCCACAGCCCAACCAGAGUGGCUGACACUCCGCCACGGGCUGCUGCCUGUCCCAGCAGCCCCCACAAGGUGUCCAUCAGCAAGGCUCGUAUGGAGAGCCCAGAGAAGAGGCGCCUCGGCACCUUUGGCAGUGCAGGAAGCAUCAACUACCCAGACAGGAAGACCUAUCCUGAGGGCCACCCUCUGAGACCGGUGCCAGGGGCCACCCGUCACAGCAGCCUCGGGGACCACAAAUCACUGGAGGCUGAAGCUCUGGCUGAGGACAUAGAGAAGACUAUGACUACAGCACUCCAUGAGCUGCGUGAGCUGGAGCGGCAGAACACGGUUAAGCAGGCUCCUGACGUGGUCUUGGACACCCUAGAACCCAUGAAGAACCCGGUAAGCUCGGAGCCCGGCAGUCCCCUGCACACCAUUAUGAUCCGUGACCCGGAUGCAGCCAUGCGCCGCAGCAGCAGCUCCACCUCUGAGAUGAUGACUACCUUCAAACCCGCUCUCUCCGCCCGGCUGGUCGGGGCUCAGCUGCGCCCCCCGCCCAUGAGGCCGGUGCGCCCUCCUCCCACCCAGCACCGCUCCAGCAGCUCCAGCUCCUCAGGGGUCGGCAGCCCUGCCGUAACUCCCACCGAGAAGAUGUUCCCAAGUAACAGUACAGCUGCUGGUUCUAAUAUAAAUACGUCCGGUGAUGCUGGAGAUAAAUCUGGUACCAUGUAGCAAAGGUGAAAUCUGUAGGGUGGGGUUGUUAUAAAGCUUCCCCAGUGGAGGGAAAGCUUAGGGAAGUGAGUGCUCCUGUGUAUAAAACAGAUAUGGAAAUCUUCCGCUCUGUUUUCUGCCUGACUUAAUUUAUAUGUUCAGGAAGCUCUUGAAGUGAGCCUAGAAUGUGUUACCAUGGUGAUAAAGCAGGUGAAGAUGCUGUAGGGGUGUAAUAGCGUAAAGCUUAACUCGUUGAAACUUGAUUUAAAGGUAUACUGUGCAGGAUUUUCUUUAAAAAAACAAAACAAUGUAUAGACCUGUACAAAAAAGUCCCUGUCAAUCAAUACUGAUGACCCACUCAAAGUGUGUGGUGGUGUCUGUAUCUGCAGAGACCUGGCCCUCUGUCUGUAUUUUCUAUGUUCUUUUUAGUUAGCUAUGUUUGGGAUAUUUCUGGGCGUUACCCUUUGGCCAUAGAAGAUGUAGCACAGAAAAAAAUGCAAAUAUAGUGAGGCAAAACGCCACAGGGACAAAGCAAGUUCCAAAACAGGAAUAAAUCUGGAGUUUGCAUUCACUAUAAUUGAGGUGAGGAGGAGGGGCCACGUUUGAAUGUUGUGUUUACAAACAGUAAAGUGACAAUUCCUGCAUAGUAUGCCUUUAACUAAAGAAAAUGUGUAUAAGAAUACAUCUACUUCAAUUUUACCUCAGUUUCAACAACAACAACAAAAAAAUCUGUGGCCAUGUUCUCGUUCCAGAGAUGCAAUGAAUGCAAGUGAAGCAAUACUUGUGUGACGUUUAGUUUUAGUUUCCACCCAGCACACGGCUGAUGUUUCAGUCACCGCUGCUGAUGUGUAUGAAACACCUCAUCUGUAAACAUUCAGUCUAAAAUACCAUGUCUGGUAACCUUUUAGGGUCGCAGGCCUUAUGGCUGUACAUACAAAGUUACUUGAAGUCGCCAUGCUUUCAGUUUGUACUAUAAUACAGUGGAUGUUCAGCAAAGUAACAACUUAGUGACAUUAUAUACUGCUGCAUGCCGGGUUCGGAGGAGAAAAGGGAAACAUUUAAGACUUGCACCAUUGCGCGUUUGUAAUGAUGUGGGAUUUUCUCAUAAUGGUCAUUGUAACAAUAAUUAUUAGUUUGAAACCUUAUUUUAAUGGAAAAAAGUUUCAGAUAACGGUAAUAAAUAUGGAUAUUUCUGUAUUAUAUUUUAAACCUGCCAUGUAUGUGGUACUCUAUAUGUUGUACCUGAAGUCAUCACGUUCACUGCUAAAGAUAAAAGCAUCCCGGCAUGAAGAUGAUCUCUGAAGUCGUACUAAUCAGAACUAAACAAAGAAAGUCAUCCUCCACCAUCAUGUACAGUUGGACUGUGGGGAAACUUAACUAAUGCAUCAACUAAUGUAGGAAUCCUGUGGUAAACUUGUACAUAAUAUAUAACUAGUAAUUUUUGAAGUGUUAAUCUUGUACAGGCUAAUACAAAAAAAAGGCAAAGGGAUGAUUAAACAUACUCUUUAACAGUGUAAAAUAGAGUUCAAAUCAUUUACCUUGUACUGUGUGCUUAGAAUGCAUUUGGUUAUUGUACUGUAGAAAACAGAUUGCUGUUGAAAGGACAACAAAGGCUGAAUAAAUGUUUUCUCCAUUAUGUUUUUGACACACCCGCCCAUUUUCACGCUCAGCUUGCGUAACUCUUGCCACUUCAAGUUUAAUUCGGAUGACUUUAUUGUUGCAUAAGUACCCUCUGACAGUUCCUCUUUCUAAUGUAAAAAUGUGAUACUCACCCAGGGGAACCUGAGAUGUUGUGACAUUCUGUUAUCACAGCUUUUGCAGUUUCCUUCCUUCUUGCCUUUUUCUUAUCUUUGUUGAUAGAUGCAUUCAUGCUCUGAAUGUAGAGUAUUUCUUUUCUUGGAAGAAAAACUAAACAUUUCAGUGUUUCUAUCUGCUGUACCUCUUGUCAUUCUGACGGCUCUACUCUAGCCCGGAGACGUGUUAUUCGCAUCCCAAAGAGCCUGCUCUGUUCUGCAUGUUUUGUGCUGUAGUAUCUGACUCAUAUUCUGCAACAGUUUAACAAUGGCUGUAUGUGGUGCCUUGCCUUGGUGAAACGCACAAAUUAAUUCAAUAUUGAGACAGGCCUUAACAUUUAUGGGUACUGGGAAUGAUGAAUUAAGCUGUUUGCAGCUGUUGCUAAUUUAAAAAAAAAAAGGUUAAAGACGACAAUGCUUGAGUAAUAUAAACUUAUAAAUAUUAGCAUGUAAACCAGGCUCUGAUUCCACUGUCAACUCUGCAGUGUUACUGGAAAUAUAUGCUUGUUGUCAAUGGAUUGAUUGUUAAGAACAGAGGGCUCCAACAAACAGAAAAAAGGCAAUACAGUGCACUCACAUCCUCUGCUGGUUCCUGCUGGUAUUGCCUCUUCUUGUUAUCAACCAGUGGGCACCGUCUGUCACUAUUACGUGGGCAUUAUAAUCUGGAGCUAAUAUUACAAUCACUAAGCUUAUCCAUAUUUUGUCUGUCCUGGUUACAGUUUUUGCACCUAAAUCUACGAAGAUAAUGUUAGAAAAAAAGAAAAGAAAAGUAUAUUGAAAUACGAAGAAAGCACACGAUUUCAAAAGGUGAAAUUAUCAUCAUUAUAUUUAACUAGACUGUUUUGUUUUUUAUUUAUAGACACUUGUGUAAGUGCGGCAGAAAAUUUUAGUGCCUUUUGUGCACAACAUCAUUUUUUUAUUGGACUUUUAUAUUUACUUUUUUUUUUACUGUAAUAUGUUGUCUAUUAGUUGACAUGUUUAUUAUGAACUGAUGUUGCUUUUUUAAUCUUUACUUUCUAUUGCUACUCAGUUGUAAACCACCGCAAGGAAUGCGUCGUGUGAAGAUAUUCCUCUCAUGAGUGACCGAAGAAUCAUCAUGAAAUGCUUGUCUGUGUUUGGAGUGAUCGCUGAAGAAUAGGCGUUUAUAGAAACUACUGUAUAAGCGAUCUACUGGUGACGUUCAGUAGAAUCAUCUCAGAAUAUUUCUUCUUUUUUUCCCCCAUGUGAGUGAACUGCCUGUGCUGUGGUUGAGCCGUAACUUGUCAUUUAUCUCCCUCCCUUCAUUGCAGUAUUGUUGGAAACAGCAGGACUGAUACAGAGCCUCUUUUCACAGAGGUUAUAAAGCACUUGGUGCUCUCUCCUUCUCCCUACAUGUGAUGUUACAGACAUUUUAUUUCCUGGAAUGUAUGCUGAAAUGGGUAACACUGUUAGUCUGCUGACAUGAGAAGACAAUAGGUUAAUAUUCAAACAGGAGGUCAUAGGAAGAGAGCAGACUGUCAGGUUGUGGGGACUGGGGUGUGAGUUGCUGUCACACUGUUUACCUUCUCUUUAAUUGUUUGUCUAGUGAUGCUGUUUGUUGAUGAGUGUCUGGUUGGUUGAAACCCUGUGAUGUAAUGUACACCAUACCACUGACUGGAUGUUGAAAACCCCUGCAUCCAAAUAAAACCAUUAUUGCUCUGUGAA